AACACAGAAAGGAACUGUAUGUAAAUGAGAUGCAUUGCAGGGAUAUACACCAGAACAACCCUCUGGGAGUACAGGAAUGGGUACUGUUAGAGGAAUUGGAUUGGAGUCAGGGCUGUCCUGGAAUCUUAGCUGUGCCCCUUAACUAGCUGUGUGACACUGGGCAAGUUGCUUAACUUCUCUGAGCCUUAGUUUUCUCAUCUGAAAGUGGUUAUUAUGAGGGCAGUGAAAUAAUGACAGGCCAGGCUCACAGUGUCUGUUGCAUAGUCAGUGUUGAGUAAAUGGCACCUGUUAUAAUUGUUUUUAUUAUCACCAUACAAAGAAAAAGGCAGUGCAGCUAGAAACAAUGUGAUAUGUGCACCAACACCCCUUGUUGGCGGUGCUCCUAGCACACCCCUGGAUGAGCGCUGUAUUCACAAGCCUGUCUCCCACCAAAGACUAAGGGGUUCCUUGACUCUUGGGAGUUUGAUUCUUCCUUCACUCUUUAUGUGCCCCCAGUCUGGCUCAGUGCCAGGUAUACAGUAGGUGGUCCAUAUGUGUUGAAUAAGUCAAGGAAUGAAUAAGAGAAGCUCUCUGUUACUAAGCUAAAUAUCUUUUUUAGAAUUUAUGUAAUAAUCAGAUUUAAAAGAAUGUAUCAACAAAGUGUUUUUGGCACAAAGCUCUCUUAUAUAAGGCAAAUGAGUGACUGUCAAUCAGAUGUUGAGCACCUAAUAGGUUCAGUUUGUUGCUAGGAUACAAAUAUAUUAAUUUGAGCCCUGAACUAAUUUGCAGUCUAGCUGGACAUACAAAACAAACAUGUAGGAAGAUACAUUGUACAAAAUCAGCACCUCUCUCUACAGUAUCUCGCACUGCUGAUAAACUCUUUUCAACACUGCAAGGUUAUUUGAUAAAUAAUAUUACAGAAAAUAUCCUAAUGUCGUUAUGGCCUGAUUUGCUGGUGGAAUCAUAGAGGCAGUUAAUAUGUGUGGAUGAAGGAAGAACCAGAUUCUAGUACACAUAGUGAAAUUCAAAUAGGAAGAAUAUUAACUGAAAAGAAAUGAGAUUUUUCUGCAGGUUUUGAAUGUACCAACAAAGUUGUAGAGACGACAAAGUGGACAUAAAGUACUUAGACACCCAGAAGAAAUGGGUUAAGAGAUUUUAGGACAAGUGGAAUAUUUUUGUUAAAUGGAAGUAGUGUUAUUUUCUCUAUGCAGUGUGGCAAGGGCUGCCUGCCCGCCCUCACUCACACUGGACUCAGCGCGAUUCUUUGGACCAGGAGAUUGAAGAGAGUCCCAACUCACUCAAUGUGACCUAGAAGACCCCUACUCCGUUUGGUGAGAGAAGCCGAAGAGAUUUAUCCUGGACGGUGGAACAAAAAGAAGAAUAUUGAUGGAUUUUAAACCGCAGUUUUUAAAGCAUUUGAGAUUACUGAGGAAAUAACUUCUUCUCCUGCACCGCAUAUAUAGGUUAAGGUUGUUUCUGAUGCAGCUGAGAAAAAUGCAGAGCAUCAAGAAGGAGCAGGCAUCUCUUGAUGCUGGUAGCAGCGUGGACAAGAUGAUGGUGCUUAAUUCUGCCUUAUCCGAAGUCUCCGAAGACUUGACGACAGGGGAAGAGCUCCUUCUCAAUGAAGGAAGUGUGGGGAAAAACAAAUCUUCAGCAUGUCGGAGGAAACGGGAAUUCAUUCCCGACGAGAAGAAAGAUGCCAUGUAUUGGGAAAAGAGGCGGAAAAAUAACGAAGCUGCCAAGAGGUCUCGGGAGAAGCGUCGACUGAAUGACCUGGUUUUGGAGAACAAACUCAUUGCACUGGGAGAAGAAAACGCCACUUUAAAAGCUGAACUGCUUUCCCUAAAAUUAAAGUUUGGUUUAAUUAGCUCGACAGCCUAUGCCCAGGAGAUUCAGAAACUCAGUAAUUCCACAGCUGUGUAUUUUCAAGACUACCAGACUUCCAAAUCCACCGUGAGCGCCUUUGUGGAUGAGCACGAGCCCUCGAUGGUGGCCAGCAGUUGCAUUUCUGUCAUCAAGCACUCUCCACAGAGCUCUCUGUCUGAUGUUUCGGAAGUGUCCUCGCUAGAACAUUCGCAGGAGGGCCCUGGGCAGAGUGGCUGCAGAAGCCCAGAAAGCAAGUUCCAGGUCAUCAAGCAAGAGCCGAUGGAACUGGAGAGCUAUGCCAGGGAGCCCAGAGAUGACCCGGGCACCUACCGAGCGGCCGUGUACCAGAACUAUAUGGGGAAUUCUUUUCCUGGCUACUCACACUCUCCCCCUCUGCUGCAGGUCAACCGAUCCUCCAGUAACUCUCCAAGGACAUCAGAAACCGAUGAAGGUGCAGUAGGAAAGUCAUCCGAUGGAGAAGACGAGCAGCAGGUUCCCAAGGGCCCAAUCCACUCUCCCGUCGAACUUCAGCGUGUCCACGCCACAGUGGUUAAAGUUCCAGAAGUGAACUCCUCUGCCUUGCCGCACAAGCUUCGGAUUAAAGCCAAAGCCAUGCAGAUAAAAGUGGAAGCCUUCGAUCAUGAAUUUGAUGGCACACAAAAACUUCCUUCGCCUGUUGACAUGACGUCUAAGAGACAUUUCGAACUUGAGAAGCAUAAUGCCCCCAAUCUGGUACAUUCUUCUCUCACUCCCUUUUCAGUGCAAGUGACUAACAUUCAAGAUUGGUCUCUCAAAUCUGAACACUGGCAUCAAAAAGAACUUAAUGGCAAAACUCAGAGUAGUUACAAAACUGGAGUGGUCGAAGUGAAAGACAAUGGUUACAAAGUCUCUGACCCAGAGAAUUUGUUUUUGAAGCAGGGGAUAGCCAACUUGUCUGCAGAGGUGGUCUCACUUAAAAGACUUAUAGCCACACACCAAAUCUCUGCUUCGGACUCUGGGUAAAAUUACUACUGAACAAGCUCUGGGCAUUUAGAGAUGUCAUUUACAAUAGAUAGUACAUUUUGUAUUAGGCUGAAUUUUCACUGGACUUGUGAUGUCAUUUCACUGUAAUGUUCACAUGUUGACUGUUGGGUGUCUUUCUGUGCACAAAUUAUUAUGAAGAUUAGACUGUGUUAUCACUCUGCCUUGUGUAUAGUCAAAUAGACCAUUGCAAAGGCUGUAUAUAUUGAACAUUAUUUUUGUUGUUCUAUUAUAAAGUGUGUAAGUUACCAGUUUCAA